AUGUCCUUCACGGAAAUCCCCAUCAUCGACUUGAGUCUAGCAUUUGACCCUAGCACCAAGCCCCAAUUCCUCCUUGAUCUUCGCCACGCUAUCAUCAAUAUCGGCUUUCUCUUGCUCAAGAACUACGAAUCCCUAGGCCCGGAUGACGAGACCCUAGCCAAUGUCAAGCACCAGGCGCAGGAUUUCUUUGCGUUGCCAGACGCAGUCAAGUUGGGCUGCGAAAUGAUCCAUAGUCCUCACUUUUUGGGUUACACAAGAUUGGCUAACGAGGUCACAGCCUCGCAUACCGAUUGGAGGGAGCAGAUCGACUUGGCCACUGAAUUGCCAGCUCCAGGCUCAGAUGAGCCCAUCUAUCGCAACAUCGAGGGCCCCAACUUGUGGCCUGACGCCGAGGCCAUCCCUAACUUCCGGCCAGUGAUCCUGGACUACAUCCACAAAAUGACCCGUCUCAGCACGGUGUUUAGGGGAUUGGUGAUGGAGUCUAUCGGGUUGAGUAGCGACAUUUUGGACGGAUACUUCAAGCCAAACCAGCAGUGUAAGAUGAAGCUCGUGGCCUACCCCGACUCGAGCGCGUUGCAAGGCAAGAAGUCGGUCACACUCAAUGACACCAGCGCCACCAAUCAGGGCGUGGGGCCUCACAGAGACUCCGACUUGUUAACGUACAUCUACCAGGCCACAAACCACACCGACUCGCUCCAGGUGCAAAACUUCCAGGGCCAGUGGAUCACGGUGCCCAACGUGCCGAGGACAUUGGUGGUCAAUGCAGGCCAGACUCUCGAGGCCAUCACCCAAGGGGUGUGUAAGGCUACCAUUCACCGGGUGUUGACCCCCAAGCCAGGAAGUGGCACCCGGAUCUCGGUGCCAUUCUUCCUGACCAUCGACUUGGACUCCUACAAGUCUACCCUCGAGCACAUUCCAGCCGAGAUCAUUGCCUUGAAGGAGGUUCGUGACGGCAAAAUCAAGGAUUGGGCGGUGGACGUGGGGUUCCAGUUCCAGCCUGACGUGUCGAAGGAGCCAGUGGGCUACGCGGUAUUUAGAAACAGGAUCAAGUCCCACCACGACGUGGCCCAGCGGUGGUACCCAGAGAUCUACAAGCAGGUGAUGUCUGAGUACACCCAUUGA